GCCCUAUUUUCGUCUACCAAUGAAACGUUUCUCUGCACAUUACUGCGAGACUGCACAACAACAAUCAUGGCGGAAGAUGGUGUGCCUAAGAAAAGGAAAGCCAAGAAAAAGCCUGUGGUAGAGAAUGGACUGGAUGAGGCUGAUGGGGCAGCCCCAACAAAUGUCAGGGGGCAGACCAAAGCAAAAUUCAACCAGCUUCUACAACAGGCCAUGUCAGAAAACAAAAAUGCAAAAUCUGGGAAGAAAAAGAAGGCACAAGAGUCUAUGGCGCUUAAAACCUUAAAACAGGGUGAAGCAUUUAGAAAAGAUGGAGAGGAUGAAUCCAUCUUGGCCAAUACAUAUGAUCCAGAUGACCAUCCAAAAAGCACCAAAAGCAACAAGAGGAGACAGAGAAUGAUGGAGAGAUCAGGAACAGAAAACCCUGCAUAUGAAGAGGAAACGGAAACACCAAGGAGAAUUAAGAACAAAAAGAACAAAAAUUCAGAGGAUGUUGACAGAACCAUGACAAUAUCAGAAUUGGCCCCACCUCCUUCCGCUGGAAAGAAGAAGAAAAAGAAGAGGACUCCCAGGCCAUCGGAGGAUGAGGAUGCACAAGAGGCAGAGGCGGAGAUGUUAGAAGAAGCUCCAGAUGUAAAGCCAAUAACUUCAGAGAAAAAGGCCAAGAAGACUAAAAAGAAAAAGAAAGAUGCUGAGCAAACAGAAGAAGGAGCAGAAGUCCUCCCUGAGGACACAACAGUCAUGGAGCCAGUGCCAGCCAGAAAUAUAGAAGAUGAUGGCAGAGUUCUUGGCAUAACUGUGCACAGGACAGAUAAAUUAAAGACAGACUUUUUUAUUGCUCAUCCACUGGUUAGGAUACAUAUUGUAGAUGCAGCUACGGGAUCACAUGUAAAGAAACAACACAGAGAUCGUGCAGUAACCUGGUAUUAUGAAAGAAAGGUAGACGGUUUAGACUACAUCCUCCCAGUGCUCACACAGCCAUAUGACUUCAAGAAACAAAAAUCUACUCUUCCCAUGUGGGAAGAACUGGUGAUCUUCAAUGAAAACUACAAUUACUUUCUACAGCAGGAUCCAAAGGUCAUGAUAUUUUUUGAGAUUUUAGAUUUUAUUAGCAUGAAUGCUGCCAGGCAAAAAUACAACGUAGCUAAGCAGGAGGGUGGCUGGCAUAGGGUUGCAUGGGCUUUUCUUAAGGUGCUAGGUUCUAAUGGCCAUUUUAACACAGACAAAAAACUAAGAUUACAGUUAUUUCAACCACCAUUCAAGUUUAAAGCAAAACCAGGCGUGGUAGAUGUAUACCAGUGGUGGCUAGAACUACCACGUGUACACUAUCCGUCCACUUUGUAUGUCACAGUGAAAGGAAUCAGGCCUCCUAACCCAGAUGAGAUAGAGCCUGCAGGCAGGUCUAUGUUUGCUACACAGAAGGUAUGUCGAGUGUGUUUCUCGGCACAUGUACUUGUUUUGAAUAAACACAAUAGAUAUCUGAAAGACUCUCUGCUCAUAUUUUGUCAGAUAUUUUCAUACCAUUAUAGCCAAUCCAUAUUGUCUUCUGUGUGCAGAGAUGAGGAUAAGAAGACUCCAAGCACAUGGAGCAGGCUUGCUGGUCAAGCUUGCAAAGUUCCCAACAACCUCAACCUAACUCUGCCCACUGGGAGACAGGGGUGUUUUGUAUUAAAGUUCUCUCCUGAUGGAAGGAAGUUAGCGUGUGGGUGCCAUGAUAAAUCCACAUAUCCUAUUCUAGUGUAUGAGAUACCAUCUGGACAGCUAAAGGGUCAGUUUCUGGGUCACUACAGCAUCAUAUAUGAUUUGUGUUGGACCAAAGAUAGCAAGAGCUUACUAUCAGCUUCUUCAGAUGCUACAGCAAGGAUAUGGAACAUUCAGAAGUUUGGUAGCCUGUCGGAGAAAUUGCUUCCACACCCAGCCUUUGUGUACACCGCCCAGUUCCACCCCAGGGUGCCUACAGUAGUGGUUACAGGAGGAUAUGACAAACUUAUCAGAAUAUGGAACACUGACAUGCAGGGACACCAUGCAGAGCUAGUUCAAGAGCUUGAGGGCCAGAAGGGGUUUAUCAACACAAUUUGCUUUGAUGAGGAUGGGCAGAAGAUGUUUUCUGGGGACAGCAUAGGGACACUUAGGGUGUGGAAUGUAUAUGUCACUGAGAUGCCCUCAAGAAAAGGAGUUCUAAGGGACUGGAGUCUGUAUAAGGAAAUCAAUGAUGAGGAAUAUGAGGGUACACCCAUUAAUUAUGUGACCAUGCACCCAGGAGGUAGACGAUUACUGGUUCACUGUAGAGAUAACACAAUAAGAAUGAUAGAUCUCAGAAUAUUUGCUGUUAUGCAGCGUUACAUUGGUGCUUUAAAUUUCCGGGAACAGAUACGCAGCACAAUCUCACAGUGUGGCACUUUUGUUGUAUCUGGGAGUGAAGACUAUGGGGCAUAUGUGUGGAAUGCUGAGACGGGAGAUCAAGUUGCAAUGUAUACAGAGCUGAAUUACAAGAAGCCUGUCACCUGUGUAGAUUUCCACCCUCAUGAUAACAUGGUGGCCUUUGCCUCAUUUGGAGAAAACAAUCCAGUGUUAAUAUACAUCUAUGACCACCAAGUGGCCCAACUGGAUGCAGACAUUGGCACAGUGUUUGGGACCAAGUCUAUGAGACCUAGAUCACCCACAAGGGCUUCCACAAUGAAAGAAACAGAAUCUCAGGCAAAAUUAAGGGCUCAUCAGGAAUACCAGGUAGAAGACAGCUCCUUGCAGGGUACAGCAAGGCUGGAGAGAGUGAAGAAAAAACUAGAAGCAGUAACAGCUUCUAAGAAUGUAAAGGCAUUCCAAGCUCCACUAAGGGCUCGUUCACCAGAUAAGUUAAUCCCUGGUCAAGUUCCGUCCACACCUGGUCAGACAGCCUUCAUGGACAGCACAUGGGGGCAUACAUUUGACCAGUCAACAUAUCUGAACUACAUGCAAGCCAUGACAGGGAGUCCAGCUCCUCAAGCAUUUUCCCCACAUGCCACAACCAACCUGAGUGCCACCAUGCAACAACAGCAGUUUGCGUCCCAGAUGAAGUACCAAAGACAAGGCGGCACAGGAUGGAGACCACAGUUUGGAGCAGUUGGGCGCCAGGGUGCAAUGCCUAUUCCAUAUACAGGCAGGCCUCCACAGAUUGCCCUCAAUGCAACACAAGGAAAACCUCAGUUUUCAUUUCAACCUCCUCCUACCACUAAGAAUAAGACAGCUGUACAAAAGCAGGUCAAGGCACUGUAUGACUAUCAGGCGCAGAGGUCUGAUGAGCUGUCGCUGGUGCGUGGUGACAUUGUGACAGUGCUGUAUAAGGACAGUGAGAACUGGUGGAUGGGUGAACUGUUGGAUGGACAGCAAGGAUUUUUUCCCUCAAACUAUGUGGCAGAAAUAGGAGCAGUGGAUGAUGGAGAUGAAGAUGAGGAGGAAUUGAAUGCAAUAGAGACAAAACCAAAGAAAACUACAGCUGUAAAGUCUGCCUCGGGAGACCUGAAAUUUGUCUCAGAGACAGAGGACAGUGAGCAGGACACCCCUGGUGGGACACCAAAGAGGAAAUCUGCUGCAAGGAGGAGGAGGAGGGAUUCAAUAGACAGAUUACUUAAGAGUGUAGAUGACAAUGUAAAACCACCACUUAACAGAAAAGCAAGGACUAAAGUUAAAGAUCCUGAAGAAUCAAAAGCAUAAUCACAGCAGUAGGCUGGGUUAUAAUGAGACAGUAUUCAAGCUCAUUUUACAAAAGAAAUGUUUUAACACUAAAAAGUUCCCAAAUACACAGCUGUUCAUAAUUUAUUUGUAGUUUCAUUUGGGAAUUCUUGUAUACUACAAUUUCAAUCUCUUACAGAAAUAUUGUGCCAGUAGCUGAUGAUAUUAUUAUAUGGUCCCCUAUGAAAAGAUAUGUAUUUAUUUUAGGUCUUGCGUCAAGUUUUUUUUUUUUUUUUUUAAAUUUUGAAACUAGAAUACAGCAUUGCCAGUUAUUCGGAGUGUUAUAUAUGAAAAAAUAUUGUAUAUCAUUUAUAAAUCACUCUGCAUAUUUGUUGUGGUUUGAAGUAGUUUUUGUUGGGGUACAAAUUAUUAACCUGUAUGUGCUGUGGAUUGUUAUGGUGCUGUACUAACAGCUUCCAAUUGUUUAAAUGCUGGUCUUCAAAUGUUUGAGCAGUAGUUACCCAACUUAUAGAAUAAAUAAUUUAAUUUUA